UUAUAAGCGAGAGAUUAAAGAAAUUUUGAACAAAUAUGACAAUUAAAUAAGUGUCAUAUUACCGAAUAGUGUACUUAAUCAUUGACUUCUUUUUUUAUUUGUUACAACUUUUCAUGCAUACAAAGCAGGAUGUUACCAUAAUUAGAUAGGAAUAAGAACUUAAUACAGGAUUAAACCGGAUUCAUAUAUUUGAUAUUUUGUACAAAGUAACAAAAGAAAAUACGCUUCGGUCAAGAUGGUUGAAAAUAAAUAUAACGUCCAGUUGGAUUUUGUGAGUCCAUCGAUAUAUCAAGCGCAUAGACAUCCUGUGGAUGGUACAGGGACAGUGAAGAAAAACAGACACAGAAGUAACGUAACAGGAAGACAACCGCCGGGUAAUGGUCGAUCGGGUACUCUGAACGGUGUAAGGCAAGAAGUAAUGACAAGUGCUUUGAACUCAAACAUGCCUCCAUCAACCUCUGUUCCCGAACCUAAUAUUAAUUUGAGCAGAGAAGAGUUGCUGAAACUUCUGAGCGUAUUCGAAGGAGAACUGCAAGCACGAGAUGAAGUUAUUGAAAUAUUAAAAUCAGAAAGACCAAACAAUCCAGCAAUACAAGAAAGAUAUGGUCUAAGUAACAUGCCUCUUCAAGCGUUACAAAGAGAUGCAGCAUCACUAGAUGCAACUACAAACGAUCAUGUUGCAGAACAAACAAAAGAGAAUCUUCAGAAGAUAAUACAGCAUCAAAAGGACUCGUAUAAAAAACUAAAACAAGCGCUUCUUGCAGCUGAACAAGCAAACCAACGGUUAGCAGUUGAGAUAACUGAUGAGAAAAAGAAACACCAAGAUUAUAUGAUCAAAUCUGAUGACUUUGUAAACUUACUAGAGGAAGAAAGAGAACGACUUAAAAUUGCUCUUGACAAAGAAAAAGAAAUAUCUGAAAACAGAGAAAUUGAAGCUAGUCGCAAAUUGAAGUCAAACAAGGAUGAAUUGGCAAAGUUAAAAUCACUUUCACUGGUACUUGUGGAGGAACGACAACACCAAGUCUCCGAACUAGCAGAACACAAAAAACAAAUAACAGAUUUAGAGAGACGACUCAAAGAAUCAGAAAUAAAGUGCAAAGAAUCCGAGACAGACAUAAAUGCUGAGAGAGAGCAUGCUAUACAACUGGAAAAUGACCUUGAAACUCAGAGUAACAAAUUUUUCGAAAGUCAGGAAGAUAUCAAUGCCAAGUUAGAGGAAGAGAAACAGAAGAACCUUCAACUAGAGGAAAAGGUGAAUGCUCUUACAGUACAAUUGAAAAAACUGAAAACAGUUCAGAGAAAUCUACAAAAAACAGAUGAUCAGCUUUGGAGGAUUCAUGAAAAAUUGGAAAAAGAUGAGGAACAUGAGUUACUGUUAGAGGAAGUCGAGCUUCUUAGGCAAAGAGUCAAAGACAUGGAAGAAGGUGAAAUGAUAUACACUCAGGCCCAAGAAGACUGCAAGGAUAUUCGCAUAAAGUUAGAAGAAGAAGUAACACUUACUAGAAGUUUGCGAUCCCAGCUAAAAACCUUGCAAGCGCAAGUUAAAGUACAAAAAGAUCUCCAAAGAAGUAUUGAAGACACUGAUUUUAGAUUUGAUGAAUUGCAGUUGAAAUUUGAUUUUGAGAAAAGGAAAUCAAAUGAUAUGAAGCAGCACUUGCAGAAAAUGAAAGCAAGAAUGACUGAUCUGGACCAAUAUGAGAGUAUCAUGCAAGAAAGUGAAGAGAAAAUGAAGAAAAUGAAAGAGAAAAUAAUCCUGCUCCAGGGGGAUAAAAAAUGUGUGGAUGACCAAGUCAAAUUCCUGAUUGAAAAGAAUUUGCAGUUUAAGAAUGAGGGCAAAGCAGACAAGGAAAAGGUAACAGAAAUUACUGAAAAGUUUAUCAACGAAAGCAAAAAGGUGCUGAAGUUGAGAGAGGAGCUUGGCCAAGAAAAGAUGAAAUUUUCAAGUCAAUUUGUCCUAAUACAAGACAAGUUGAAAGAAGCAGAAGAAAAAUUAAAACAAAUGUCAUCAAAGAAACAAUCACAAGCAGAAGAAGCAAAUGAUAGACUGAGACGACAAGUUAUCAUGUUAAAAACACGACUUGAUGAGCUAGAAAUUGAAAAUGAAGAAAAAGAGAAAAAAAUAACAUUGUUGAGAGAAGCUCCGGCUCCAAAACAGAAGAAGGCUGUACAUGACACAUCUUUCGACCUUGUGGACAUGGUACACAAAUUACAUGAAACAGAGGAGAGAUGUGAGGAAUUAACAAAGCAACUGCUUAUAAAAUCAAAAGCCUGUGAAGAUCUGAAGAAGGACUUAUCAAAAUUCAAACAAACCAACAAUAAUUGUAACCUGAAGGGCAUAUCAGUCACAGCAGUAUGCACACAAACGGAAGACAGGACAUCAUCAGAUAAAAAACAAGAAAUUGAAAAUCAGAAGUCUGUCGCCCCAACUCAAGACACUGUCAAAUCCAACUCUCUUAGGAGAGCGCAAACUACUGCAAAAUUACCCACUGCAAAAGUGUUUGUUGGGUCCGACAUUUCACAGAGCAAACCAGCAUUUUCAAUCACAAAAAUGAACAGCAGGCCACCAAUAUCACCUGUAUCAUCUUUGACAAGAAGUAGUAAAGUGGCCCCAGUAAAUUUUCGUGUUACAAAGAAACCACCACCUUCGCAACUUAAAGCAGAGAUCCCUCCAACACCAGUGGAAAACAAAUCAUUACAGGAUGUCUCAUCCAUAAAAUCCGAGCACAGCAAAAACACUACAACCAUGAAAGCUAAAAAAGAUGUGGAUACUGGAGCACCAGUUAAAACAACUGCCAAUGAAAAUAUCGCAUCAAUAGCUGAGCCAACAAGCAAACCUACAAAUGCAGCAAAAUACAAACAAGUUCAAACCAAAUCAAAAAGUUCAAUACCAUCUUCACCAAAAAUUAUUAGAUCAAGAAAUCUAUCUAAAACAAGAGAAAGCGGGAAGCAGGUAACACCAAAGGACUCAAUGUCACCAACAAGAAUACCAAAAUUCCGAAGCAGCCAAACGUUUCAAAAUCUUUCAGAACCUUCCAAGUUCAAAGGGACUUCAGUGAAUUACAGAAAAAAUGGGCAGCCAAAAUAGCAAAAUAACAGUAAAGUGCCAUCAUACUAUUUAUAUAUUGAAUUGUUUCAAGUUUUGAACUUGCCAAAUAUUUUUUUAGUUCAGAGAAAACAUUGUAUUGCAAACCUAUUUCAAAAAUAAAACUAUAUUUUAUCAUUUGUCAUUAUUGUUGUCUUUAAAUACUUUGUGGCACAUGUACAUUUUACUUCUAUCAAUUUGUUAUAUUAUAUGUACAGUGCUAAUGGUGCCUUAUUAUGACAUGUCAGAUAUUUCAAUGAGAUAUCUUAUUUUGAGUCAUUGUCAAUAUGUGUUCAAUCUCAAUAGAUUGGCAAACAAUCAUUUAUUGUAUACUAUUUAUUUCUUCGAUUUUUAUUUUCUGCUUUCGUUUCAUAAUCACCAAUUGCACUUGUGUAAAUAAUAUACAUUGAAAUAAAAAUGCCUCAGCAAAAUGAG